CCUCCGCGCGAAACCCCAGGAGAAUCCUUUGCCGGAGUCGGUUGCUUUAGGGCUGCCUUUUCCUUUCCCUGUGAGAGGAUUAGGCGAAGAGGAGAAUGGCUUUGUGAGGAGAAGGAGAGGGACGCAGAGAGCGCACGAGGGAGAGAGGGAGAGGAGGAGAAAGCGCGGCUGUUGAGACGAAACUCCCCUCAGCCUGGAAGAGCAGCCUUUCAAGACUUCUUUUCAGCCAAUUGAGGCGCCUUGCAUGCCAUACAGCAGCUGGGGGCUGCUGGUAUUCCUUUCAGCUACCUACUGUAAGUGAAGCUGAUAGCUGAUCAGCUUCCCUGGAUUUUGCUGAUGACACAGGAAAGCUUUGCCUGAAGAUGGAAACACUGGAGUCGGAACUGACCUGCCCUAUCUGUUUGGAGCUGUUUGAGGAUCCGCUGCUGCUGCCUUGCGCUCACAGUCUCUGUUUCAACUGUGCGCAUCGUAUCUUGGUCUCCCACUGUGCCACCAACGAAUCAGUGGAAUCUAUCACCGCCUUCCAGUGCCCUACUUGUCGUUAUGUCAUCACCCUCAGUCAACGGGGUCUAGACGGACUCAAGCGCAACGUCACGCUACAGAAUAUUAUCGACAGGUUUCAGAAAGCUUCAGUGAGUGGGCCCAAUUCUCCCAGUGAAACUCGCCGAGAGCGAGCUUUCGAUAGCAACAGCAUGUCCACCAGUGAAAAAGUUCUCUGCCAGUUCUGUGACCAGGAUCCUGCUCAGGAAGCAGUGAAGACCUGUGUAACGUGUGAGGUCUCCUACUGUGAGGAGUGUUUAAAAGCAACUCACCCAAACAAGAAGCCAUUUACUGGCCACCGUUUGAUUGAGCCUAUUCCAGAUUCUCACAUUAGAGGAUUAAUGUGUCUGGAGCAUGAGGAUGAGAAAGUUAACAUGUAUUGUGUGACUGAUGACCAAUUAAUCUGUGCCUUGUGUAAACUGGUUGGGAGGCAUCGCGAUCACCAGGUGGCAGCUUUAAGUGAACGUUAUGACAAGUUAAAGCAAAAUCUGGAAAGUAACCUCACCAAUCUUAUCAAGAGAAAUACUGAACUGGAAACACUUUUGGCAAAAUUAAUUCAAACUUGCCAACAUGUAGAGGUGAACGCAUCCCGUCAAGAAACCAAACUGAUGGAAGAAUGUGACCUGCUUAUUGAAAUAAUCCAACAAAGACGCCAGAUUAUUGGGACCAAAAUCAAAGAAGGGAAGGUGGUGAGACUGAGAAAACUGGCCCAGCAGAUAGCUAAUUGCAAGCAGUGCAUUGAGCGCUCCACCUCUUUGAUCUCCCAAGCUGAGCAAUCUCUGAAGGAAAAUGAUCAUGCUCGUUUCUUGCAGUCUGCUAAAAAUAUAACUGAAAGAGUUGCCAUGGCGACUGCAUCCUCUCAAGUUCUAAUUCCAGAAAUUAAUCUCAAUGACACUUUUGAUACCUUUGCACUGGAUUUUACCAGGGAAAAGAAACUAUUGGAAUGCCUUGAUUAUCUCACAGCUCCAAAUCCUCCAACUAUCAGAGAAGAGCUUUGUACUGCUUCAUAUGACACAAUCACUGUUCACUGGACUUCAGAUGAUGAAUUCAGUGUGGUCUCCUAUGAGUUGCAAUAUACCAUCUUCACUGGACAAGCCAAUGUAGUUAGUCUAUGUAAUUCAGCCGACAGCUGGAUGAUUGUUCCAAAUAUCAAACAAAACCACUACACAGUCCAUGGACUGCAGAGUGGUACCAAGUACAUCUUCGUUGUUAAGGCCAUUAAUCAGGCUGGCAGCCGAAACAGUGAGCCUGGAAAAUUGAAGACAAACAGCCAGCCAUUCAAACUUGAUCCUAAGUCUGCCCACAGAAAGCUGAAGGUAUCUCAUGACAACCUGACAGUGGAGCGUGAUGAAACCUCUUCUAAAAAGAGCCAUACACCUGAACGUUUCACCAGCCAAGGGAGUUAUGGAGUAGCUGGCAAUGUGUUUAUUGACAGCGGACGUCAUUACUGGGAAGUGGUUAUCAGCGGAAGUACAUGGUAUGCCAUUGGUAUUUCAUACAAAUCAGCACCCAAACACGAGUGGAUUGGAAAGAAUUCUGCCUCUUGGGUUCUUUGUCGUUGCAACAAUGCAUGGGUUGUGAGGCACAACAGCAAAGAAAUUCCGAUUGAGCCUGCACCCCAUCUUCGUCGUGUCGGCAUUUUAUUGGAUUAUGACAAUGGUUCCUUGGCCUUUUAUGAUGCUUUGAACUCUCUUCAUCUUUAUACAUUUGACAUUGCAUUUGCACAGCCUGUGUGCCCAACAUUCACUGUCUGGAAUAAGUGCUUGACGAUAAUUACAGGCCUUCCCAUCCCAGACCAUUUAGAUUCCAUAGAGCAAAUGCCAUGAUUUUUCUGGAUGUAAAUGGAUGAUGAAUGUCCAGUAUAGUUCCCACUGAAUUGUGACUGGAAAAAGACAUGGACAUGAAUACAUUUCACAAAAAAGUGUCCCAAAUCCUCCCAGCCAGAACUCAGAAUGGGAUGAUAUUUUCUGUUUUUGCUGUUUGUUUUGUAUUAAAGGCAAGAUAUGGCUUUAAUAAUGUCUCAAAAUGCUUUUGUAUUUAGUCUCUUUUGGGAAAAUUUAUAAAUUAUUUAUAAAAAAGAAGAAAAACCUAAUUUGGAUAUUUGCAUUUGAGCACCUCAUAAGAAUAACUUGGUUUUGCACAUUAAGGGCUGUAUCACAGUUUUUAUUAACCAUUUCCCAUAUUUUGAUUUUGUAAUAAGAGAAAGUAAGUUGGAGUUAUCUUAGAGAAUGAUUCAGUACCUAUUCUCCCAUUUUUGUUCAAAUGGUGCUUCCUUAAGUGCCACUUUUACUACAUGAAAUAUUUCUUCAAAGUGGAACGUGUUAACUUGUACAUCAAGAAAUGUCUCAUUCAACUGGCAGUCAAUAUUAUUAGCAGUUUUCUUAUCUACUGACGAUUCACCUUUGUCACUUUUAAGAAUAUGUAAAUUUGUUUUUGUCUCAGAAAGCCAGCAGUACUGGAAGAUAGGUCUGGCUGAGUUUUAAAUCAAUGUGCCACUGAGAUCAAUUGAUGGUCAAGUUGUAGUGGUAUCGAUGUGGAGUCACAUCAUUUAAAAGGUACACAAAGCACCCAUAUAUGCAGUGCUACAGGUAGGCAACGUACAACUGAUUUGAAACUUAAAUGUGAGCAUUUUGUUAUAUUAUGUUAUAGUGUAUCAAUAAAAAUAGCACAGGCAACUGUUUUGUAAACAGUGCCUGGAAAGAGGUUGCA